AUGUCAGACAUCUGCAUUCGACUGCCACCAGCUGCGAACGUGUUUCUAGGAUGGCUAAGCUGGCGCGUGUUAGUGGGGGGUUGUUUAAAGGAUACCCCACACAAAGGCCAAGGGACCUCCGAAACUCCGCAACUUCGCGACGGUACCUCGACAACACACCAUGGACGUCAAGAACCCACGGCGCAUACUCGUAGUAGGUGCACCGGGGUCAGGGGUGCUGAACUUUGUCAAAGGUGGUGUUCAGUAGUGUCCUUGCAGCAUUGCAAAGCUAACGUUCUCACAGAGCUGACGGGCUCUGCGCCAGAGCCUACUACCUUCGAAGGCAAAGAGACUACCGCAGGACUUUCGCACGAAUGGCGCCUUGAAACAAAAUACUACACCGCUACGCUACCGAUAUGGCUCGACGAGAUCACCGACGUGACUGAAUGGCGUACCGAAUUCAUGAAACCUGAAGCUCGCGAAGUCAUAACAGUGCUGGGAGGCUGGAUAUACUGCUUCAAGAAGCCAGUCGAGGCAAAAGACCUCGGCGUGAUCAAGGACACAAUGCAAGCAAUUUCCGAUGUGAUUGAGCGUGCUUGCGGUUACGCUGGUGACACCGUGUGUCUUGCAGUCGCCAUGCCACAGUCCACCAUACCCUAUCUUGAAAAGGGCAGCGAUGAGUGGGAGGAGCUGUGCAUGGAGCAUGGCUUCGAACAUGUCGACUUUGAGGCUAAAGGCAAGAAUGAUUUCGGUGAAGUAGUCGGUGUACAAAGGGUCAGAGAAGCGCUCGAAGCUGGGGAAUGGGAAAGUGGUGCUGAUCUGGACUUUGACGAGAAUGAUGACGUGGUUGACGGUAGCUUCGCGGCUGAAGAAGCAGAGAUGAAUAUCGAGCUAUUUGGCAUGAAGGAUGCAUUGCAUGGUGAAGACAGUGAAGGCGAAUUAGGCGACAAGGAUGUUGAGGAGUUGGAGGUCAUGAUGAGGAAGAUGGUGGCUAUCAAAGGUGCGUGCAAUGCCGUCACACACACUGAGUGUUACAGUGAAGCUAAUGCAUACACAGAGAUGGGCGAGGGCAUGGAAGAGGCUGAGCGGAAACGCUUCGCUACGAAAGCAGUCAAUGAUCUCAUGAAGGAGCUGUGA